GUAACUAGAACCCUGGAAAAUAUAAACUUCAGGAUAAAAACAUGAUUUUAUACAUUAGUGAUCUCAAAUAAAAGAGGAGUGCUACCUUCGUGCAUCACUUCUUUCAACAAAGUUAAGUCUGCAUUCUGCUUAGGAGAGAUAACACUUUUUGUCCCUGUAGGUGGCCCCCUGGUGUAGCCAUUAGUUGCUAAUUACUUGCAAACAAAUAAACAAUUAACUCCUUAAGCUGCUGGCUGGGCAAGUGUUCAUUGACUUGCUAAAACUUUCUAAAACAGGAUUUUAAUUAGUGACGUGCAAAACCCAGCCCCCUAGUCAACAAAGCUAUAAGGUGAACUGCUGGCAGGUCCCAGCUCUGCACACGUGAGGCAGGAGCCCUCCAGCUCUGGGCGACACAGAAGAGGAUGUCUCCCAGCCUUCAGGAAGGUGCUCAGCUCCAGAAAAGCAAACCCUCAUCCUGCUCCUUCUCAAUUGAGAGCAUUUUAGGACUGGACCAGAAAAAAGAUUGUGGACCGUCAACAAGACCCCACAGACCGUGGGCAGACACCUGCAGCGACUCAGAGAAAUACAGCAACUCAUGCCUACAUGCCCCAGAUCUUCCCAGUGAGAUCUCAUUUCCUUGUCCCGUGGAUCACCCAAUGCCAGAAGAAGGGGCUUCGAAAUAUGAAAAUUAUUUUUCAGCCUCAGAAACACUCUCUUUGAAAAGAGAGUUGAGCUGGUACAGAGGACGAAGGCCAAGAACUGCUUUUACCCAAAAUCAGGUUGAAGCAUUGGAAAAUGUCUUCAGAGUGAACUGCUAUCCUGGCAUUGACAUCAGAGAAGACUUAGCUCAAAAGCUGAAUCUAGAGGAAGACAGAAUCCAGAUUUGGUUCCAAAAUCGUCGGGCAAAGCUGAAAAGGGCCCGUAGAGAAUCACAGUUUCUAAUGGCGAAAAAACCCUUCAACACAGAUCUUCUGAAAUAGUUUUUAAAAGUACACAUGUGAGAUUCUCUUCCAGCUGCGGAACACAAGGAAUCAAUGGAAAUCCCAAGUAUUUAAAAUGUUACUGUCUCUUUCCUGUACCUAAUGAAUAUUGUCAUGCUUUCUGAAAAUAUUACAAAUAAUUAUGAUUCUAGCAUAGUACAUAUUAUAUCUGGAGAUUUUUAGUUAUAAUAAAUAAAACCUUUCCUAUAUAUUUUAAUAAAAAUUUUU